AGUCGCCAUGGUGAAUUAUUAAACACAUACAGUUCAAAGGCGCCUACAGUAGACUAAGUACUGUAACCAUCAGUUAUAAAACAAAUCUGCAAGCGUCUUCUUUUGCUGAUGCACUCCUGGCGUCUCUGUGACUGGUGGAUACAUGGAGUACACCACAGCAGCUUGACGAUCAUAAACCUCCACACACUCAUAGACACACACUUCAUCUUCUCAUUGGCUGCGAGGUAGCUUUGCAGUAGGUGGAGUGUGCGCCCUGGUGCGUUGUAGUGGUUAGAGCUCUCCAAGGACAGAAUCCCGGUGUACUGUGCUGCUGCUCAACGCGGACAGAUCUGCUGAAGGGAUGGCAAACUCUGACAGAGCCACCAUCGCAAUUGCGUACGUCUACAGGGGAACGUUUAUUCACUCGACUGAGGAAACGGCAGUGGAGAUCUUGGCAGAUGCGGUCCUUGGUGUUGACACAAAGGGAAAGAUUGCUUUCAUGGGGAAAGGCAAAGACCUAGAUGAACUGUCUCAGACCUUUAGAUUCAGUUCAUCCAAAGUCACUCAACUUACACAACAUGAAUUUUUCAUGCCAGGAAUGGUGGACACCCACAUUCAUGCACCUCAGUACAGCUACGCUGGUACAGCCCUGAAUGUGCCCUUACUGCAGUGGCUCAAAACCUAUGCCUUUCCUGUUGAGUCCCAGUUCAGUGACCUGGAGUUUGCCCACAGGAUCUACACUAAAGUGGUGAAACGGACUCUGAGAAAUGGAACAACCACUGCAUGUUACUUUGCUACCAUACAUACAGAUUCCUCUCUCCUGUUGGGCCAGAUUGCAAAUGACUUUGGACAGCGUGCCUUGGUGGGCAAGGUGUGUAUGGACAGGAACAAUUGUGUGAAACAUUAUAAAGAGACCACAGAGGACUCUCAAGAGGAAACCCGUCGGUUCAUUGCAGAGCUCCUGAACAAGAAGUAUCCUCUAGUGAAGCCAGUGGUGACUCCUCGUUUUGCUCUGUCCUGCACAGGAGCUUUACUAGAAGAGCUGGGAGCUAUUGCUAAAAAUAACAACCUGCACAUUCAGAGUCAUAUCAGCGAGAAUACCAAGGAAGUGAGGCUUGUAAAGGAGAUGUUUCCGGAAUCUAAGUCUUAUACAGAUGUCUAUCACAAAUACAACCUGCUCACUGACAAGACAGUGAUGGCUCAUGGCUGCCACCUCAGUGAUGAAGAGCUGGCUCUGUUCAGAAAGACAGGUGCCUCUUUGUCUCACUGUCCCAAUUCUAACAUCUCGUUGUGCAGUGGAAUGUUGAAUGUCCGCAAUGUUCUGAAACAUAAAGUGAAGUUGGGGCUGGGAACAGAUGUGGCAGGGGGCUACUCAGCCUCUGUGCUGGAUGCUGUGAGGAGAGCUCAGGACAUGUCCAAAAUCUUAACCCUCCAGAACCCAGAAUACGAUGUACUUACCUUUGAGGAGGCGUUUCGACUGGCCACACUGGGAGGUAGCCAAGCCCUGUCCUUGGAUGACCAAACAGGGAACUUUGAAGUGGGUAAAGACUUUGAUGCACUGAGGGUUAAUGUAGCUGCUCCUGGGGGACCCAUUGACCUGAUCCAGUAUGAUGGCCCAAAGAUUCAGUUGGAAAAAUUCUUGAAUUUGGGUGAUGAUCGUAACAUAUUGGAGGUGUUUGUGGCUGGAAGGAAGGUGGUACCAUUCACAGAGCCAACGGCAGAGUGAACCUUUUGGUCUUCCCCUUGUUUCACAGCCUAAAAUACAUUUAUAUCUAAAAGAUACAUUAUAUGUAUCACAAGAAUGCUUAGCUGGAAAUGCAAAAUGGCUGCAUGAACUUGAUUACUGCACAAAUGUAGACAAAUAAGUUGGCAAUCAUUACAAUAACUAUUUUACAUUUAAAUUCAGAGGAUAGAAUUGGUGAUGCAUUAUUUAUGAGUUCAGUAAAGGACAUUAAAAACUAGUCAGCUGAGCUGGAGCUCAGUCUGUUUGUUUUAAUUUUUUAAGGUAAUUACUGGAUUUUAAACAGGGAAAGGGGACUUAGUAAUUGCUGACAACAUUGCACUUCCUCUGUUGCAGAUAUUUAGCUGGUUGCUCACUGUUUUUGUGUAAACAGAUUCAUGCUCUUGCUUUUUUUCUUUUUUUAAUCUACAUGAACUUUGUAUUUAACUUACAAAGAUACACAUACUAGUGAUUGGUAGUCUCUGUAGCGUGACAUCUACAACAUACUGCAUUUGUACAUUGAUAUUACAAAUAUAAAUAGUGAUAUAACAAACAUAAAAAAAGGUCAUCGAGCCACUGUACAUAAUCAGGUCAGACACUCCAGCUACACUGAGCAGCAUUACAUCACCAGGACCAAGUCUAAAGUUAAUUAAGACACUAACUUUGGUUGUCAUGAUAAACAAAAAAUAAAAUACAAAUAAUUAGACUUUUUAAACUAAAAUAUGUAUAAUUUUUCUAUUACAAGAUAUCAUUCUGUAGUUAACACAACUUGUUAUGUUACUCUUUUAAGUGUUAUGUCAUGGGAGGCUGAAAUAAAUUAAAAAAAGCCACCAAGGC